GGGACCGAAUACACAUUGCUGGGUCAUAUGUCUCUGCAUGUUCCAAAUGGGAAACCAUAAGGUGGAGGAGGAGUUGAGCAAAGAGACCCUGGGUGAAUGUCGGAGAAAGACAUGGGAGGACAACCGACGGAAGGCUGCACGUGUGGGGCGGUGUCUUGGAGGUCUAGACCUCGAGCUAGCAGUGCGAGAACUGCAGAGGGAGAAUGUGGAGAUCAAAGCUGAACUGAGAAGGCUGAGAGCACAGCUUGAGAAAUUGGAAAGCCCAAGGCCCAGUUUCCCCCUGGAGUCUCCCAAACCACGAGACAACAGGUUUCCCUCACUCUCCCUCAGACAGCCUACCAGAUUUGCACCUGGUGAGCCCCACUGGCUCCAAGAAGCCCCAUCAUCCAGACCCUACAGGCCUUGCCGUCCACUACUGCCUCCCCUGUCCUUUCACUCAGAUGUGAGGGCAGCACCAAAUGCACAGGAGAAGCUGUUCAAGGAGACACAUGAGAAGACACAUGAGAAGAAGAAACUGAAACGUCAGCAAAAAGACAUAGAGCAGACAACGAAAGAAGCGAAUGGAGCCACGGAAGCAAGAAAAUGUGAGAAGAAGAGAUUUCGUAUUAGGAUUAUGAUGAAUCUGCCCAACAACAUUCCCAGUGAUGUGGACUGUUAUCUGUUCCCUCCCACUUCCACCUGUAGUCUGGUACAUAAUCUUACAGGAUUUGUCAUGGACCAGUGA